AUAAAAAGGAUAGCUCCUUACAGCCCAGAGCAUUGAGAGACAAGAGGAUGAGGAUGGAGAAGGGCUGGACCAUGCAGGUACCACUAUUGGUGCUGGGGCUGCUCAGCCUGCUGACUCCUCUUGCCUCUGCCCAGGACCUGAACUACCAGAAUGCGGUGACUGAAUUCAUCAGGGAAUACAACAGUAAUAUAAGAUCAGGCAACCUCUUUAGACUCUCUGUCCUGACUCUGCCGCCUGGAGAAGGCAAUAAUCCUACUCUUAGCCCUGUGAGCUUUACCAUCACAGAGACAGUGUGUCAAAAAGAAGACGGUCGUGAUCCAGAGGAAUGUGACUUCAAGGACAAUGGGAUGGUGAAAGAAUGUUUUGGAGUCAUCCGCCUGGAAUUUACUAAACCCAUUGUAGAUGUUUCCUGUGAUGGGGCUUCAAAGACCAAGAGACGUUCUCUUUUGAAACGCCUUGGGGAUGGAAUAAGGGGAUUUUGGAAUGGAUUUCGUGGAAGAAAAUGAGACAUCUACAUGAAACUGAGCGAGCCUCAGUUCCUUCUUUAAGACCCUGUGCUCUGCCUUGGUCUCCUCAGAUGAAUAAACUCUAGUUUCACUCUC